UGCGCGGCCGCGAGCAUGGCGACUGCGGCGGCGGCGGCGGCGGCCCGUGGGGCCGGGGCGAGAGCGCUGGCCGCCCUGCGCGGGGCCGGCGGGACCGCGUGCCGGGGGCGGCCGCGCGCGGACCCUGCGCGCCGCCUGUGCACCGCGCCGGGCGCCGCCGCGGACAUGAAACGCUACCUGUGGGAGCGCUACCGGGAGGCGAAGAGGAGCACGGAGGAAUUGGUCCCUUCAGUCAUGAGCAACUCGCUGAAUCCAGAUGCCAUCUUCUCCAACAACGAAGUCAGCCUGUCGGACAUCGAGAUCUACGGCUUCGACUACGAUUACACGCUGGUGUUUUACUCCAAGCACCUGCACACGCUGAUCUUUAAUGCCGCCCGGGACCUUCUCAUCAACGAGCACCGGUACCCUGCAGAAAUCAGGAAGUAUGAGUACGACCCCAAUUUUGCAAUCAGAGGGCUUCAUUAUGACGUGCAGCGGGCCGUGCUGAUGAAGAUCGACGCCUUCCACUACAUCCAGCUCGGCACCGUCUACAGGGGCCUCAGUGUGGUCCCCGACGAGGAGGUCAUCGAGAUGUACGAGGGCUCCCACGUGCCGCUGGAGCAGAUGAGCGACUUCUAUGGGAAGAGCUCUCACGGGAACACCAUGAAGCAGUUCAUGGACAUCUUCUCGCUGCCAGAGAUGACCCUCCUGUCCUGCGUGAACGAGUACUUCCUGAAGAACAACAUCGACUACGAGCCUGUCCACCUCUACAAGGAUGUCAAGGAUGCCAUUCGGGACGUCCACAUCAAAGGCAUCAUGUACCGAGCCAUCGAAGCCGACAUUGAAAAGUACAUCUGCUACGCCGAGCAGACCCGCGCCGUGCUGGCCAAACUGGCGGAGCACGGCAAGAAGAUGUUUCUCAUCACCAAUAGCCCCAGCAGCUUCGUGGACAAAGGGAUGCGGUACAUCGUUGGGAAAGACUGGCGGGACCUGUUCGAUGUGGUCAUUGUUCAGGCCGAGAAGCCCAACUUCUUCAAUGAUAAGCGGAGACCUUUCCGAAAGGUGAACGAGAAAGGUGUCUUACUCUGGGAUAAAAUCCACAAGUUGCAGAAAGGCCAGAUUUACAAGCAGGGCAAUUUGUAUGAAUUUUUGAAGCUUACUGGCUGGAGAGGAUCCAAAGUGUUGUAUUUUGGUGACCACAUAUACAGUGACCUGGCGGACCUGACCCUGAAGCACGGCUGGCGCACGGGCGCCAUCAUCCCGGAGCUGCGUUCUGAGCUGCGGAUCAUGAACACGGAGCAGUAUGUCCAGACCAUGACGUGGCUGCAGACGCUGACCGGCUUGCUGGAGCAGAUGCAGGUGCACAGAGACCCAGAGUCACAGCUGGUCCUGCAGGAGUGGAAAAAGGAGAGGAAGGAGAUGAGGGAGAUGACCAAGGGCUUCUUCAACGCCCAGUUCGGCAGCCUGUUCCGCACCGACCAGAACCCCACCUACUUCCUGCGGCGCCUGUCCCGCUUCGCCGACAUCUACAUGGCCUCGCUGAGCUGCCUGCUCAACUACGACGUCAGCCACACCUUCUACCCGCGCAGGACUCCGCUGCAGCACGAGCUCCCCGCCUGGGCCGACGGGCCCCCCACCUUCCGGCUCCCGCUCCUGCAGGCCGCGCAGGCCAAGUAGCCAGCCGGGCGGGCGGAGAGCAGAGCCGGGCCCCGGGGGGUGGGGAAGAGGCGCAUGUGAUGUCUCACGUGAUGUGCAUUUGCUCCCGCGCCUCCGCCUGGGAUGCAGACAGGAGCGGGCGCCCCUCUGCAUCAGCACCACCUGGCAGCCCUUUGAUGCUUCCUUGCGGUUCCCCGAGAGACUCAGGGGCGCCACCUGUCGGCAGCAGCGGGAACGCGCGCGCUCGCCCGCAUGCGCGCCCGCCAGGCUCCAGCUGGCUGAGGGUCCAGCCCUGGCCUUUGGGUUCUGCCCUGCGGGAGCCUUCCUCUGACUCCCCUGCACGCGCGCCUGUCGGUCCCCAGUGCCCGCUGCAGGAAUGAGCGCGAUGCAGCUUCCCGACGGCUGUGUGUGGGGGGGCGGGUUGGAGCCUGUUGCACCCCUAGGCCUGGGUCCAGCGGGCACAUGUCCCCUUUGGCAUGGACAGACCUGGGGGGGUCUAGAUAUCAGCGGGGAGGCGCCCCUGCAGCUCUGCCCUCUGCGACCCUCUCUCCACCUCCAGCUUUCCUGCAGGAGUGCCAGUCGGGGUUCUGGGUCGGGAGGGCGGGCCAUUGGGGUGGGUUUUUUUAGAGGGGAGUGCAGACCCUGUGGAAAUGAAGAGAAAAGGAAAUGACCCUGCUGAGAAUUUCUCUGUUUUCCUGAGGCCGAUGCAGGUGACCUACGCCCGCCCGUGGGCCCAACACAGCAAGGGGCAGGUUGGGGGGCUGGAGCGCGUGACCCCCGUACCCCCCACCAGCACCAUCAGUGUUUCAUGGCUGCAGCCGCAGCAGAAGCAUCUCUUGGCCCCUGGGGCUGUUCGUAGCUGGGCCCAGCUGGCGUUAUCCUUGGCUCUGCUGUGUGUUAGGGUGGGGUUUGAUGUGGGACUCUUGAUUGUAUUGAACGAGUGUGGUACAGUGACCCCUUAUGGCCCAGAAGACCCCCCCCCCCCCAGGCCUCCACCACCACCACCCCCAACUUUUGUUACAGACAAAACCCCCUCCCUCCCAGCUGGGUGUUUCUUUUUUUUCUUUUUUCUUUGGCUGAGCACUCGCUCCCGGGUGCUUGGAGCGUCCUGCUCCAGACUCCUCACGGCUCUCUCCUCUGCGCCCAGUUUGAAUUUCUGCUUUGGGGAAACUGGGCGAGCGAGCGGGAAUGGUUCAACCAAGAAUUCCAGGCAGCCUGCAUCCUCGAUGCCCGUUCCCGGGGCUCUGGACUGGAGAAUGAAGCGGCAUUUGGGCAACUUGCUUUCCCGAUGUCCAGAUGAGGGGACCCCAAAGGGGGAGGAAGUCCGCUUCCCCUGGAAAAGGGAAUGGGGGUGCAGGUGAGGGACAGUGACCGCUGCCCAUCCGCUGCUGCCUGGGGCUUAGGACCCUGCGCCCUGGAGCCGCCAAGUAUGGGCGGAAGCUUGGCCUGUGUCCCUGUAGAUGGUCCCUGGGCCCAGCUAGAAGUACAGGUGAGGACGGCCACCUCCGCUCAUAGGGUCCAGAACCAGCAUGUCCCAGCUGAUCUCAUUGUGUGACUGCAGAUUCUAGAAGUCCAUGCAGCACGCCACAGACCACAUGUUCCCCAGGGGGGAAGGGGGGGGCACACCGCUGGCUUCUCCAGACCAAGCUUGAAAAAGUGUUCUGGAGCUCGAACCCCUCUCCCGGAAGCCUCGCGGGGCCCCCCUGCGGAGCCUCUCCAGGAAUGCUGACACCAGACUUCGGAACAGAAACCCCCUGUUACUGAUGCGGCCCACUGCAGACAAAAUUGCUAGUUGCUUUGACUGCCGAGGCCCUCUUAAUUAAGGCGGGGGGAGGGAUGAAUUGUCCUCUCUCCCCCCUCCUCACGGGAGCUUCUGCCUGGCCUUUCAGCGGGGGGAGCGUCAAGUAGGGAGAAUGGGGCCUUUCCCACCCGGACCAGGGGCCCUUGUCCCUCCCGCUGAGCAGCUGUCCCUGAUUGCGCUAUUCUGCUCUGGGAGCUGCUGUGUUUUCUGCUCUUAGAAUUCCCUUGGGUACCAAUUCCCUUCUCUUCCUCCUUCCCUGUGGGGACGGGGUGUCCCUUACCCCCGAAUUGGAGGAAGGCUGCUCUGUCGGCCUGUCACCUCGGCACCUUUCCUGGAGAGACCCUCCACGGCCCCUUUCCAGUGGCCAGCCCCACCAGGAUGGGGCACUGUGACCUUAGCGGGCAUUUAGCUGAGGCCAGGCUUGGCCCUGGGACCCGAGCUCACCCCCCCUCCACCCUUGCUGGGAUAGUGCUGCAGUGCGGGGUGACCAGCCCUGGCCAGACAUCUGGGACGCUCAGGUCAGGUGCAGACAGCAGAGAGAAGGUGCCUGGGCCGGGUGGGCAUCUCUUGGGAGCUGCUGUCUCAGCCAAGUCACUCGGCCCGUGGCAAGUGACUUUCUGAGCACAAGCCAUCUUGCAUCAUGGCCACUUCGGGGCACUGGUCCUAUGGACGUGUCCUGUGGAGUGCCCUCACCGUGAGCUUGGCCCUGGGAUGACCUUGGAGGACCCAGGGAUGAUUCCUCCAUUACUGCCAUGGUGGCAGCUGUCAGCCCAAGACCGGGCCCCACAACUCAGAGCUGUCACCUGUCAACCUAGCGGGACUGUCCCAGCUCCAGGGCUAGGGAGUGGGGAGCUGGAGGGGGGUCCCUAGGGCCCCUCUGCCCCGCCUGCCUUCCCCAGGAGGGGAUCCAGGAACCCUCUGGGCGCCUCCUGCACAUGGAUCUCCAGCUCACCCGAUCACCAAAGUUGCAGCGAACCCAACCCAGCAGCAAAGCUUUGACCCUAUUCUGGGGCCUCGGGCGUGACCCCUGGACUCAGGAGACCUUUUCUGAUUGUUGAGCAGAAGGACAAACCAUACCCCAAGCAAGGGCGGCACAGUGAAUCCAGAUUCCUCGCAGUAGAUGCGUUAUUUAUUCUGAAUGUGAAUUUGCUAUUUAUUCCAAAUGGUGAUUUUAUGUGAUCUGAUCAUACAUGGAUUGCCCAAUAAAAGUUUGGUUUUGUUCA